UUUACAACAAUUACAAAUAAUAAUUCCAUCGGAUUCGCGCUUUCUUCCACUGAUUUUUUCUUGAAAAGCGUGUUUAUCGUUGUUUAUAUUUAAUUUAGUAAAGUCCCGUUAUUUGUUUGAGAAAUGGCUCAGUAUAAUCCGCAGCGUAAUGUAGAAAUUGCAUCGCGUGCGAAAAAUCCUUUAGAAUCCAUACACGGGGCUUUCUCGUAUGAAACUUCAACUGGCGGCGUGGAAUCUAAAAUUUAUUCGCUAUAUUGUCGAUGUAAAAAAGAUUUGGAUGCAAAAAUUCUAAAAUGGGCAUUUAAGCUUGCGGAAUUGAAUGUAGCUCCGUUUUACAAACGACUUAGUGUGGGUUGGAAGCCUAAGGUGAAGCAAAGUGAUUUAAACAAGACUUGGGCUCGGUAUCUGGUGGCACUCGAUAGCAAUAAGAUACCCGUUGGCUACGCUAUGUUUCGCUUUGAUAUGGAUUAUGGCCAGGGCGUGUUAUAUUGCUAUGAAUUGCAACUUGAUCCUUCAGUUCAAAGACAAGGUUUAGGCAAGUUUAUAAUGACUACCUUGGAAAAAUGUGCUUCCUUUUGGAAUAUGGAAAAAGUGAUUUUGACUGUUUUGAUAAACAAUGAUGGUGCUCGGACAUUCUUUCGGAAUAUAGGCUAUACUUUAGACCAUACAACGCCGGAUGUUUUAGAAAGAGCUGAUUAUGAAAUAUUAAGUAAAUCCGUUCCACCACGUUUGAUUAAAAGUUAGUUAAA